UCGAGCAGCGAAAAACAGCGACAAAUCGAGUGCGAAAAAAUGUCAGACAUUCAGGUUAAUGUGCAGUGCGAGUGCUACCAUCGUCGGGGCUUGCUCUAUUUUGCCAAUCCAUUGGCCUGGGGACGUCCCUGCGGCCGUUGCCGUCGCAUGAUGCGCAGGAAUAUCGUAGUGGUGCCAACAACAACAACUGUGGCAGUGCCAGCAGCCACCACAGGACCCUGCUGCGCCCACACCCACACCCAAACCACUGUGGUGCAGGGCCAACAGGCAGCCAACUGGCAGAUGCAACAGCAGCAACAGCAGCAGCUGCAACAGCAGCAGCAGCAGCAGCAGCAGCAGCAAUAUGCACCGAUGAACGUCUCUGCAUUGCCACCAAAGUACGACCAGGCGGUGGCCUCCUACUAAUCCCAAGGGUUUUCGGGAUCAUUUGUAACCGGUGGGAAAAAAAAGCGAAAAUCUAAUAAAAAUCGUUGAAGAAACA